CCAUCACCAAUCCAACAUUUUCCUUCCUUUCAAAACUGCCUUCUCUUUUCAUCAACUCUCUCUUUCUUGUGUUCCAAAGUUUCAUAUAUAAUCAGAAGGAUUACAAGAAGCCAAACCCCAUUUCAUGUUUACAACCUGCAAAAACCAGUUCCACCAUCUUUUCCUCUCUUAGAGCUUCGAGCUAGAAUUCCAGAGUGAAAAGAGAGAAAAAGAUGGCAGUUUGCACAGUCUACACAACCCAAUCUCUCUACUCAACAUGUUCAAUCUCCACACCAUCAAAAACCCACCUGGGAUUUCACCAGAAACAGGUAGUUUUCUACAAGAAAAGCAGCAAGAGAGGCAGCAGCCGGCCAUACGGCCCAUACGUGAUAACAUGCACAAGUGGUGACUCACAGACAGUUGUGAUUGGUCUGGCAGCAGACUCUGGGUGUGGGAAGAGCACCUUCAUGAGGAGGCUGACAAGCGUGUUUGGAGGGGCGGCGGAGCCGCCGAAGGGCGGGAACCCGGACUCGAAUACCCUGAUCAGCGACACCACGACAGUGAUAUGCUUGGAUGACUAUCACUCCCUGGAUAGGACUGGAAGGAAAGAGAAGGGUGUCACUGCACUUGACCCAAGAGCCAACGACUUUGAUCUCAUGUAUGAGCAGGUUAAGGCUAUCAAGGAUGGGAUUCCUGUUGAGAAGCCCAUUUACAACCAUGUCACUGGUCUUUUGGAUCCUCCCGAGCUCAUCAAGCCUCCCAAGAUCCUUGUCAUUGAAGGUUUGCACCCAAUGUAUGACUCCCGAGUAAGGGACCUCUUGGACUUCAGUAUCUACUUGGACAUCAGCAAUGAGGUUAAGUUUGCUUGGAAAAUUCAGCGGGACAUGGCAGAGCGAGGACAUAGCCUUGAAAGCAUCAAAGCUAGUAUCGAAGCCCGAAAGCCUGAUUUUGACGCAUAUAUCGAUCCACAAAAGCAAUAUGCAGAUGCAGUGAUUGAAGUGUUGCCAACCCAACUGAUUCCUGGUGAUAACGAGGGGAAGGUUUUGAGAGUUAGGUUGAUAAUGAAAGAAGGGGUGGAGCUUUUUAGCCCUGUUUAUCUCUUUGAUGAAGGCUCUACCGUCUCAUGGAUUCCAUGCGGUAGAAAGCUUACCUGCUCAUACCCUGGCAUCAAAUUUUUCUAUGGCCCUGAUAGUUAUUUUGGCCACGAGGUGUCUGUGCUGGAGAUGGAUGGCCAAUUUGACAGAUUAGAUGAGCUGAUUUACGUCGAAAGCCAUCUAAGCAACAUCUCUACCAAGUUCUAUGGAGAAGUCACCCAACAAAUGUUGAAGCAUUCCGAUUUCCCCGGCAGUAACAAUGGAACCGGUCUCUUCCAAACCAUUGUCGGUUUAAAGAUACGAGACCUGUUCGAGCAGGUAGUCGCCAGCAGGGGCAAAACUCUGGUAGAAGCAGCCAAGGCCUAAGAACUGCCCUUGUGUAUUGGACAAGGCACCAAGCCUCUAAAAUCAUCUUCCUCUUUCCGUUUCUUCAUUUUUCAACUCCCUUUUUAACCAUGUUUCAGUUGAGUGUUAGCCUACUGUUGAUAGGAAACAGAACACUCUGUACCUACUUAUUGUAAUGCUGUGGAGCCGUGUAAUAUAUAGAGAAGUAAAAGCAGAGAUGAAAUUCAGUUAAGAAAUUCAUAAAAAGAUUUGUACUUAUUGAUAUUAUUUCUUAUGAACGUUGUAUACUACAUUGCGUCACCA